AUUUAUUUGAAAGCACAAUCACUAGUUGGCCUUCACUCAUAAACAAAGUUUCUGAAAGAACAAACCUUGGAAUAAUUAAUAAUGCCUUGGUUCCUUGUUAUUCUGUUUCUCAGUCUUACAUAUGCUAGUCUUUCAGAUGCUAGCUAUGACAAGAAGCUUCCUUCUGCUGUUGUGGUUGGCACUGUCUACUGUGACACAUGUUUUCAACAUGAUUUCUCUAAGGAAAGCCAUUUCAUUUCAGGUGCAUCAGUAGCUGUGGAAUGCAAAGAUGGGACUUCAAUACCAAGAUUCAAGCAAGAAGUGAAGACAGAUAAGGAUGGAGAAUUCAAAGUGCAGCUACCAUUCAGAGUGAGGAAACAUGUGAGGAGAAUCAAGGGGUGUACUUUCAAAUUGAUAAGUAGCAAUGAACCUCACUGUGCUGUGGCCUCAGCUACUGCCUCUUCCUCAAUGAUUCUCAAGACAAGAAAGGAAGGAGAACACAUAUUCUCAGCUGGGUUGUUCUCAUUCAAGCCUAUUAUAAGGCCAAAUUUUUGUAACCAAAAACAAAGUGAUCCAAACUCCAAAAACAAAGUGUUCUCAUUCAAACCUCGUUCAGGAAUACCAUUGUCACCAAAGAUGACUAAAGUGGUCAAAUCCAAUUCAGAUAAAGACUUAGCUGCAGAUUUCUUUUUUCCUCCAAACCCAUUUCUACCACCACCUAUUAUUCCUAACCCAUUUCAGCCACCACCCCUCAUUCCUAACCCUUUUCAGCCGCCUCCUCUAAUUCCUAACCCAUUUCAACCACCAAGCCCACCACUCAUCCCAAACCCAUUUCAACCCCCAAGCCCACCACCCUUCAUCCCAAACCCAUUUCAGCCCCCACCAAGCCCACCACCCUUCAUCCCAAACCCAUUUCAGCCCCCACCAAGCCCACCACCACUUCUCCCUAACCCAUUCCAACCUCCCCCAGCACGCCCACCACCCUUUUUUCCUCCUCUUCCUUUUCCACCAAUAGUAAUACCAGGUUUAACUCCACCACCACCUCCCCCUCCACCUCCAGCAUCAAUCUUCCCUCCUAUCCCUCCAAUAUUCCCUCCUCUACUCCCUCCACCUAGAAGUCCUGGCACUCCCCCUGCUUCUUCAACUCCUUGAUUUAAUAGAAUAAAUCAAUGUACAACUUAUUUACUUUCUUUAUGAAUCAUAUAAUAUACAUAUAUAUGGUUACGAUAUAAUUAGCUAAACAUGGGGAUGAAAAUGAUAGAUUAUUGCUAUAUUAGUACUUAGUAAUAUAUAUAAGGAUAUGGUCAUCUUUAAGCUUCAAUCUUGAAAAUUGUUGUUAUUUGUGCAAUUUGUAUCCUUGAAUUGUUCUAGAAAUGGACACUUAUGAUUGUGAUUUGAUAAUACAUUUCAACGCUUGAUAAAAAUGACUGGAUUUGGAAUCAAAUCCAAAAAUUUUAGUUAGUAAGUAGAAAGGAUAAACUUUUGUUAUGUAAUGAUAGU